UUUUCUUCUUGAAAAUCAAAUAAGGAAGAAAAACAAAGAGAGGAGCAAAUAGACGAAAAGCCGCUUUCGUUUCGCAUAUACCUCGAUGAUGGUGGUGGCGACCGACGACGACUUCACCUUUCCUAUCAAUUCUUUUUACCAAUUCGCUUGCUUAUCUUCGUCGUUGCCUCUGCUUCUCCUUUCUUCCUCUUCGACAUGGAAUCGUCGCGUUCUGCUUCGCUCGUUUUGAUUUCCUUCCGAUAGAUAGUCGUGUCCGCUGCGUUCCUGGAGGAGGCGGCGGUGAUGGGGCAGAGCUGCGGCUGCUGGUCAGCCAUCGCUGGUGGGUUUCGGGGAGAUUGUGGAACGUCGGAGGCCGCGGCCAGCGCAUCGCCUAACGCGAUCCAGCUCAAGACUAGUGUGGUCUACGACGCAGCAACUGAGACAAGAUAUUUAAAUGCUAGCAACCGUGAACUUGCCUCUUCUCAUGAGUCUGCUUUCUCGAAGGAAAAUAAUCAAGAUGCAACAUCUGAGGACAAAACAUCUCAUAAAUUACUUCAAUUUACUUUCCAGGAGCUGAAAUCUGCUACAGGUAAUUUUCGACCAGACAGUAUUCUUGGGGAGGGUGGAUUUGGAUAUGUUUUCAAAGGAUGGAUAGAGGAGAAUGGCACAACUCCUGCAAAACCAGGCACAGGUCUUACUGUUGCUGUCAAGAGUCUGAAGCCUGAUGCACUCCAGGGUCAUAGGGAGUGGGUUGCUGAGAUUAACUUCCUUGGACAAUUACAUCAUCCUAACCUUGUAAAGCUGAUAGGUUAUUGCAUUGAAGAUGAUCAGAGACUUCUUGUCUAUGAAUUCAUGUCUAGAGGAAGUCUUGAAAACCACCUUUUCCGGAGACACUUGACAUCAAAGAGCGACGUCUAUAGUUUUGGAGUUGUGUUGCUUGAAAUUUUAACUGGUCGAAGAUCCAUGGACAAGAAUCGGCCUAGUGGGGAGCAAAAUCUAGUGGCAUGGGCAAAAAUGUACUUAGGCGAUAGGCGAAGGCUUUAUCAAAUUAUAGAUCCUCGUUUGGAGUUCAACUACUCGAUUAAAGGAGUACAGAAGGUUGCUAAGAUAGCGUACUGCUGCCUCAGCAGGGAUUCCAAAGUUCGUCCUUCGAUGGAAGAAAUUGUAAAGAAUCUCAUCCCACUCCAAGACCUCAAAGACAUGGCUUCAUUAUACUUUCACUCUCGAACAUCCCGAGGUAAACCUUCUCGUUAACAAAUAUUUUGCUGCGAUACUGGGAGGCUAAUGUUGUGAUUGUAUUUCUUCAACCAAAUAAUGUUUGUGGGUUCUAAUCACCGUUUCUACCUAAAAUCUGAAUGAGUUAACUUCUGUGUUGUCAAUAUAGGCCAUAAAUGAUUCCAUAUGCUUGUUUUAAUUUGGAUGACCCCUAUAUCA